AUGGACGUUACUCCCUCGUUAGCUGCCCUAGAUAAACCCCUUCACCUCAGCAAUACAUCGGAUGUACUACCCGUCCACCAGGUGGACGCAGCCGGUACUAUCAGCACCGCGGAUGAGAAUGACGACGUUCAGGAUGGCAUAGCGAACAACAUCUCUCCUGUAUCAAGCCCGCGCACGGGAGUUACGGGUCGAUUUUAUGAUGACCACGAUGAUCGGGACUCUUCGAGCAGCGGGGACGAGUUCUCAGACGACGACGACGAUGACGAUGACGAUCUACGUUCGAGGGGGAGACCCACAAAGACGAUCGGUGCUGUACCAAGAAAUAGUGCGACAGCACCCAGUCGCAAUUCCUCCUCGAAUGCGCGACCACCCAAUGCAACAACUCAGACUUCGCAGGCACCCUCGCAACCACAUGCUUCUCCCACUUCCGCACAGACUACACCGUCGAAUACGCAGCCCUCCAAUUCUGCCAGGCAGCCUUCACGGGGCCUUUUGAAGCGGCCUCACUCGAUUCAACCGACCGGUGCGGUUAAGCACCAGGAAAGUUCGUGA